UUGUAUAGGCCUACUACUACCCUCCGCGUCAUGCAGCUGCCCGCGAGGCAGACGGCGAGGCCUUUAACCAGGCGGGGGGCCUCCUGCAGGUUGCUAUCCCUCCCGUCCCUCUUUCGAAGACUCCUCCAGUCUUGCUCGGGCCUUUCAGUAUCGAAGUCCAUCGAGAAGUAAAGAGCCCCCGAUUAUUUGAGCCUGCCCACACGGCUUGUCAGGUCGCUCGACACAUUUUCUCCAGUUCGCAUGCAAUUCGUAGGCUCUGAGCAAGCACCUCGACUUGUUUAACCACCAUGUCUCCUGAUAACGAAACCGAAUACACGACCAAACCUGUUGUUGAGACUUUGAAGACAGAGGUUAAAGUCCGAAAGCGCAAUCAUCAGACCGCCGAAGCCAGUAAGAGUGAGACUCGGGGGGAGUCGACUGCUGCUGGUGCCGUCGGCUAUGAUGAGCCACCGAAAAAGAAUGAGGAUAACCUCUUUUUACCAGAAUCAGAGUUCCGAAACGUCCCUGGGCAUGUUAGGCGCAGAACCGACCAAAUGCCAAGUGCAGAGCCUCCUCCGGCCAAUCCCCAGACCGCAAGCCACAGCCAGAGUACCUAUCAAAGACUUUCGAAGAGAGCAAGGCGUCAUCGACAAACCCUUGGAGAUGGAAGCGGGAGCGAUUCCGACAGUGACAACAACGGAAGGCGCACUCGUGGUGACGGUUCUGGAACCGUAGCUAGGGUGCAACGACCCUUAAAUCGGAUCCUCCGACACCUCUGGAGCUCAGUCGACGAUUCGGAGCGCUUGAUGAGCAAAACCGGAUCCGGGAGAAGCGACUGUUGAGGGAGGUCGAAAAAGAAUGGCCCGACAUUCAACGCCGCCGAGACGCAUGCCGAUCGGACCAGGCGCAAAUAAGCAGACUCCGGUCGCCUCAUACUGCAUUUUCCAACCCCUGGUACCUUGACCUGCAAAGCUUCGUCGCCCGCUUAGACCAGCAGCGCUGUGACUACCUUGACGCGC